AUGGACUGUGGAAGCGCUGCAACGGCUGCGGGGAUCGACCCCAAAAUUCUCGAUAAUUGGCAAACCGACGGUGCCUUUUCGGUCGCCUCCUGGGAACACCUCGGAUACGAUCAACCCCCGGAGUGGGAUACCAGCCAGGAAUCCAGCCAGUGUGCCGAUGUCGCCGACCUAGGCGCCUUCCAUGACCCGCUAACGGGCGCGCUGCUCGAUCGCUCUCGCGAUAUCCAGCAUCUGGACAAUAGGAACCACGAUGUGACGGACAACUUCAACUACACCGAUGGCGUCGUCGAGGGCACUGGUAGCGGCACUAUCAGCCCUCGCACGCUGCCCUCGUCGGCAGACGACAACUUCCACGCUGAGGAAACGUGGCCGCAUUUCCAACUGUUCAACUCGGUCGCAGCGGGCGUGAACCUCGAGCACCCAAUGCUCUACCCGUAUGGAAAAGCCCCGAACAACUCGACUGGUGCCGUGAUCGUGGAGGAUGUGGGAGAGAUGCCCCAGGGACCAGGAUUCUCGGAUGCUUCGGCAGAGGCUAUCAUGUUUCAGCAGAUCCCGCCAUCGUUCCCCAUGAUGGCAGAGCAGUGGCCUGAGAUCCCCCACGGCAUUUCCUUGGAGGAUAUCCCCGGACAAACACCCGUUCCGCUGGCGAUCAACCAGAAUACCUCAAAGAGUGUCAGUCUGCGCGACUUCCAACCAUCCAUUCGAUCACUUGAAUCCCGAUGGCUGAACAGCCUGGAGUCGCAACUCCCCGUGUCGCAGAUGACCCCGCCUAUGCACACGUCACAGAAAAACGGCCAGACCGCGCAGGAUGCGUUCCAGUACAAGUCAGAGAGCUCUUCAGUCUCGGGCGAUGUCUCUGGAAUCUACGAGUGUUCGUACUCUGCCACGAGCGACGAUGCCCCGGUUUUUGCGGAUCACCAGUUGGAUGAUGAUGCUCAGUGGAAGAUACCAACUCCCGACGCAAGUUCCCCGGAGAGCGCGCAGUCGAUGGCCAAGGCUACUGCGUUCAUGGUCAGCGAGACUCCCGCCGAGUCCCUCAUUAGCACUAUUCCCUCUCGAUCUCGGGCUUCUUCGACAGCCGGUCAGCGCUCAUCGGGUCGCCCCAUGGCUCUUGCCAUGCAAUCGGUGGCUACCGUGCGGAAGCGCAAAAACCGCUCCGCAGGGUCGUCCAUGGACCAGGCUCUGCCAAAGCCUUUGCAGAUCGUUCAAGAGGAUGGACAAGGCGGGUCUAUCGCAUCUGCAGAUUUCGUCUCUCCCCCACGAGGCGCUCGCCGUAAGGGCCCGUUGAGUAUGGUUGGGCGAGCUAAUGCUGGCCUGCGCCGUAAGAACAAGGAUACUUGUGUCCAGUGCCGGCUGAACAAGCGCAAGUGUGAUGGAAGCUCACCAUGCGAUGCCUGCCGACCCACCCUGAACGAGCAACCAUGUGCCCGUGCCUGCUUCUCCAGCAUCGUAGAGUUCGGAACAUGCAACUACAUCUCUCAACGAGCUGUCAAUCAUCCUACCGUGGAUGGCGCUAGCAGAGUUCGGAUGGAAAUCCCAUCCGAGUUCGACUUGAGUCAACUUUUGUCGUUCCUUAACGAGCGUCAAGGCCGGUUCAACAUCCGCGCCAGUCAAGGCUGGGGCUCUCUGUAUAUUCUCGACCUCGGCGAGACCUACAAGUUCCUGAAGAGCCUGAGCGAGUACAAUGGCAACUCGAAGUCGACAUUCCUCGAGUUCAUUGAUCGUCGCAUCGUCGAGUCCAAGGACAAGUCUAAGAACUGGUUGUCUUGCGUCAAGGACUGUGAUCCAAUGGCCCAAGCCUACACUCUGCUCUCGCGGUGGAACAACAUGCCUUCCCGCGCCAAGUACACAUUCGUCCCUCUUGAUGGUAACGGUGAAGAACGCCCCAUGGACAUCAGCAACCCAGAAGAGCGACGCGACAUCCUGCUGGCCGCACAACUCUCCCGCAUCGUCUGCCGCAUGCUCGAAGUUGAGGGUUUCCGUAAACUCGAGCGCGACUUCUACAACAUCAAGUGGAAGCAAAUCUCGCACGAGACGCACAUUCGCUUCCUGGGCGAAUUGGGCCAGAUCCUUCUCACCCUCCGGUGGCGUGUGUCGUGGUGGAAGCGCCUUGGUGACGGCGGCCAGGCCCCUGACCCAUCGCAGCAGCAUUACAUCGACCGCGUCGACCUGCUGUGCCGCAUCCUGUACGUCUACUACACCUGCGUGCUGGCCAAGCUGCCGUCCUGGUCGACGGCCGAUGUGCCCAAGGGCAUCUGGUCAUCGUACGCGGACUCGGAGAACCCCGUUUGGGAUGAUUUCCCGUCUGAUGCCUCCGAUGCGGGAUUCCAGGCUUGGCUGGAGCGUGGCCAAGAUCUGAUCGAGCAGGCCGGCGUUCCAUCCAAAAUCUCCAAGUUCUGA